AUGCCUCAAUUUGGCUUCUUGACGUGCUGCGCUGGGCUCCUCGCCGCAGCAGCGGCGUCCAGCUAUUCGGGAGCAGUCCCCAUUCGCUCUGUCACUGCUAGCCCGCACCGCAGGAACCUGGACACACAGCAGCCUUCCUUCGUCCAAGAGGCCACCCCGCCUACGGCCCAAGACAAAACUGACGCGUGCCUACCCAUUCUGGAUGCCCUGCGGACGGAAGGUCUCAAUGGGCAGUUGGCUAAACUCACUAAAGCGAGCGACGAUGAUGUCAAUGGAAGCCUUUCAGCUUUACAGAAGAGUGGUAAAACUAAAGUCAUUGAAAUCGCAGCAGAACUUGCAGGGUCCGACAAAACUUCAUGUGAUGGAGCAGCUAUCGCGGACUCAGAGUAUCCUGGACUUGUAAUUCCUUUUGAUCACUCAACGGAAUUCGACUGCGAGGCUCUGAUUGAUGAGUCAUUCUAUGCAGGCCUGAGCCAUCUCCAAGAGAAAAACUACGACCCGUCGGCUGAAAGUUCCAAACUGGGAGACGCCCCGCUGGACAAUCUAGCAGCACAAAAUUUUGCAGCCAUACUUUCCUAUGAAGCGGAAAAAGUGGCGUGUGCCGCCACCACUGACUGCGCAGCCGGUAAUAAUGUUUUGUUUUGCUAUUUCAUACCUCCAUUGAAAAAGGGAACAGCAAAGCCAAUCAACGCUGAUGUGUACGAGGCGGUGUUGAAUCGGCCGCGGGGUUCAGCGUCGAUCACAAUUCCUGCCAUUGCAGCUACGCUUUUGUCAAUCGCGUUGGCUAUGCUGAGUUGA